ACUGCCUGUAAUACCGUACGUCAGCCAGCAGAGGGUACCAAACACCAAUAAUCCUCCACCGGAUAUGGUCCUUCGGUCAAACCUGUCCGUCCCUGUACUUCCGCUCGUCUACAGUUCCACAACACGCCACAUGCUUUGGCUGCUACUGCUGUCAGAUUUCUACAAACUCCGUUAAAAUGAGCGCGCAGAACAGUGACGGGGACUUAUGCGUGACAUUACGGAACCUGCUCAACUCCAUUCAGUGCAUAAAAGACAAAGUCAGAGAUGGAGAGUCCAACGAGGAUGAGGCCGAGUUCAACCUUUCCAACUUCUGGGAAACUUUGAAUCAAGCGGUGAAAGCUGUAUCUCAAGAAGCCACCAAGGUCAGUCUGGCCUAUUCCAGACCUCCUCUGCCCUCACCACAGGACGGCGAGAAGAUUUCAGACUCCAUUUUGAAGAGUGUCCUUGCUUUUUCCACCAUCUAUUACUGGCUCCCCAAGAGUCAAGGUGUGACUCUGAGGCGGCAGGUCCGAGAUGCCACAGUGGACGUUUUAGAAGGCCUCACUCAACUCUUAGAUGUCAUCAUUAGUACACCACUGGAGAGUUUGAGCCAGGACCAGCUGACCUCCACAGGAACAGUGUGGUCGGCCUGCGAUCGCUUCGAGUCCCUGCCUAAAGAUAACAAAGCAGCGCUGUUGGUGGUCAUCUCUGGAGAGGUGGGAGUCAUCAAAGACGCUAUUGAAGAAAUCGAAGAGGCUCUGUCCGAAGCCCAGGACCCAUUUGGCGACAUCCUGGAUGAUGUGAUUGAGGGGGCGGAGCCUAGAGGAAACCAGGAUACAUAUUGGUCGGAGCAGGACAGGCGUGUGAUUGGUCCAUGCCAGGGUCUGAUGAAGGCGGCAGCGGCGUGUCUGAGGAAGCUGACGUCCGCCGUGAGGUCAAACGCAGACGUCACCUCUGCCCAGAGCCUGGCCCAGCUGGACGACCUCGCAGACAUCUCCAAAGACAUCAGUCCUAGAGUUGAUGACCUGGCUCUCUGUCUCUAUCCUCCAAUGGACUACAGUGGGGUUGAGGAGAAUGCUUCAAAACUUGCUUCAGUCUUAAAGAAGGUCCUAAACAUUGUCAGGUCCAGUCACGUCUGCGGAGAGGCGGAGCUGACCUGGGUGCAGUUUUUAGACAAUGCUGUUGACCACAACCUGCAGAAAGCCAGAGACUUAAUGCAUCAGGGCACAUAGGGCUCAAUAUGUUAUUACAAAUAUGGACUUUAAUCUGUUCUAUUCACAUGUAACAAAAAAUAUAUAUUUAAUGAAUUGUGCUUAUGAGUCAACAAAGUGCAAAUGGCUCUAAGGCACUGUACAAGAUUGUGAUUAAAAAUGCCUCUUAGGAUUUUUAUUCUGUUUUUUUCUGAUUUUUUUUUUUUUACUCUGGUUUGCCAGUGACUGCUGUCUAAAUGUAUGCAGUAUGCAAUUAACAGAGGUGGAUAGAGUAGCCAAAUUUGUGCUCAAGAAAGAGUUAGCGUAUCUGUAAUUGGAAGGACAAAACAUUAAAUAAUGCACAAAAUCUGUUAUUUUCAAAGGAAAUAAAAAUGAGACAAACAAAAUUUUAUCUGCAGGAGAAGAAACACAAAAAAUAGAAAUGUUCAAAUCAUUUCAUAUUGUCAAAAUAAAGCUUUUGUCACGUGUAGACUUACUCACAGUGGGAAGAGUAAAGAAGACUUAACAGUUUAAAAUAUAUCAUUAUUGAAGGAGCAAAAGUCCAUGAUGAUAAUGGUAUGAAAGAAUCUUUAUUUGGACAUUAACACAAUGUAUUGAAAAAGUUACUUGAGUACAUUUUUGAUCAGACUGUUGCAAAACUAACUACUUACUACUCUGAUUGUAAUUUGAUUACUGAUUACUAUAAGUUACUUUACAAAAAAACAAAAACACAUACAGCUCAAGAAAGAAUUAAUUAAAAAAACAUUAAUUCUUGAAACUAGUUCCAUUAUUGCAUUACAAAAAAGUAAUCCCUUUGUAAUUAGUUACUGCCCAACACUGCUCGAGUCUAUGUAGUACUACCCACUUCUGUGUCUUACUAAUCCAUAAUUGAGAUCAAAUUUGUACUGCCAAGUCACUGUGUGUAAUCAGCACCUUGUGAGAGAGAUGCUAUUGUCUACAGUCAGCCAUGAAACACACAUAUCUAUCGUCAUGAAAGCAGUCAUGGCACAACCAGGCCAAGUAACUGGUCAGAUCAGUGGAGAAGCGACCCUGCU